UCAUUUUCUUAAAGCAGCCCAAAUCUGCAGCUGAAAGAAAUGUUGGGAGAGGAGGAGCUCUGAAAGCAGAAACAAUAGCAGGUUUAACCUUCCUAAAGUUUCAGUAGAUCUAUUAUGAGUGUCAAAAUGGACAUGCUGGAAAAAGGUACUGGAUUCGGCAGGAACACCUUGACUGGUUCUUGGCAUCCAGCAAACACAGCUCUGGGGCAAUCAGCCUCAGCUCCACCUCUGUCUCGUGGCAGCAUCCGGCUUGGAAGAGCACAUCUGGCUGCUAGGUCCAGAACAGAGGAGCAGGCAGCUCUGCAGCAGGACCAGGUACAGCAGGAUAAGGUCUGGAGGGAGUCUGUGGAGGCUGAACGAAGAGGAAGAAAAAUCUGGUACCAGAACUGGAGUUUCCUAAAGGACUAUGACCAAAUGGGUAACAAAAAGGAACAGAAGCCUCUACCAGACUAUAUGUCUGUGUUUUCAAACACAGUUCCCAAUUCCACCAACCAGAACAUUGGCAGCAGGAUGAAUACUGAACUUGGCAAGAUGCUGAUAAGCAUGGAUUACCUCUUCAGCAGGGGAGCACAAAAGAGGAAACUUGAAGAUGACCUCCAGCUUUCCUAAUGCUUCAAGUAAAAAUACCAGUAACAAAGCAAGUGAAAGAGAUCUAGCUAACAGACUUCUUUCAGAUUGAAAAUAGCAGGUAACAAAUUCCUCAUCUUCCAUCAGAGAUCAAUAAUGCUGUCCAGCAUAGAACUUUUUCAAGAGCAAAGACGUAUGCCACCAAGCAAUGCCUAAGGAGACAAUCCUCUUCAGAUUUGAGGUAACUGGGUCAUAUACAGUGAGUCAGGACCACAGAUCCCAUCCAUUUUCCUAUGCAAGGCCACUGUAACAUUGCUACUAACAUCAGAAAGAGUAAGUUUAGAGCCAAAGGGCAAUUUCUUCCUGAAUUUUUACCUCCUGAAAAGAAACAAUUACUGGAGAUCAGCUCAGAUGAGCUGCACCACAAAUUACACUGACUGAAAGUCAGUGCAAUACAAUGCAGUAGGUUGUUGCAUUUCAUCUAUUUAGCCAAGGAUUCACCAGCUUAUCACUUGCAUGUUUAAGCUUGUUCCAAGAGUGAAAUUCAAGGCAAGCAAGAUGUGUUAUGCGCAUUUUCAAGCCUCCCUGCUGAGGGAAAGAAGCCAAUUUUUUUUCAGACUGGUUUUCAUUCUUAUUUCUUUGGAUUUGCUGUUUCUCCCCUUUGCUUUCAAAUUCCUUUUUUUUUUCUUAGCUGAUGGAAAACCAUGAUCAGAAAGCAGGCUUUUUACAUUUUGCUCUGAACGCAUGCCAGCUCAGAAACCUGAGCCACGCUCAGCCAGGUUAUACUCUAAUUAUCACCAUUCUUGAAUUUAACAGGCCUGUAGCUCCUAGAAUCUGUGGUUGCCCAGGGAAACCAUCAUAAGGCUAAAUGGACACAGUACUUACAGCCUGUUACUAAUGCAUCUCAAUGCAAAGCUUGUUUGUGAUCUGUUGUUUUGUAGGAAAACAACAUUAAUCAGCAGAGCAUGGGGAAUGUACACACAGUACCUGCCUCCAUAGGCUGUAGGUAGUAUCUGUAGAAUCAUGUUCAGCCCUUGCUGAAAACCAGCACAGAAGCCAUUAACCUUGGUACAACAGGAACUCAGUGGA